AUUCCCCACAUACUGCCUACCCAUGUCCUCCUCCAUGGUGGCAGCCUGGGUACCACGUGGCACUCACAGGCUCUGUUCUCCCCUCAGAUACAGAAGGUGCAGAGAAGCCACGGUUCUACCUGCUGACCAAGGACAAUGGGGAGAACUUUGGGUUCUGCCUACGUGAGGAGGUGGGGUACAAGGGGCACAUCAUCCGGCAGGUUGUGUGCGGGGGGAUGGCCCACCGCAGGGGCCUGCAGGAUGGGGACCGGAUCCUGGAGGUGAACGGUGAAUAUGUGGACAACAUGGAGCACUUCAGGGUGGUGCAGAAGAUCAAGGCCAGUGGUAACCAGGUGGCUGUUGCAGUCCUAGAUGGCAAUGCCUACGAAGUUGCAAAAGCCCUCGACAAGAACCUGGCAGAGCUGCUGCCAGGCCACACCAGGCCACGGCUCUGCCACGUCGUGAAGGACAAAAGUGGCUUCGGCUUCAGCAUUUCAGCUCCAGAAGGUGUGAAGGGCUCGUUCCAGCUGUCCGUCAUGAGCAACGGCCCAGCAGAUAAAGCGGGUGUCCCCUCUGACUCCUGGCUGCUCGAGCUCAACGGGACCAGCGUGAGGAACUACACUUAUGCACGGCUCACCAGGAAGGUACACGCCCAGGCCUAGUGUCCCACUGCCAGGCUGUGACCUGGGGGGCCGCCUGGUCGCAGACUGGCCCAAGUCUCCCCUCAUGUCCUUGGAACGUGUCUGUCAGA